AUGUAUGAAUAUGAUGAUAUGACGGGUAGUUUGAUGGCAUUAACUGCAAGCGUUUUUGCGUACUACUGGUUUCUAUUAUACGGCUGUGCUUUGACACGUGAACGUAAAGCAUUUCUGGAUAUUUCUAACAUUCUCGACACGAUUUACAAUCGGAAAUACGGUGAGUUCUACGAGUCUGAUCCAGAUACACCUGGUAAUGCUGCUAAUACCUUUAAAAAAGCUGUAGCAACAUCAAUUGGUGAUGUUUUCAAUGAAACUAUGACAAGUGCCGAUGAAGAUCACAUAAAGUUUGAGGAGGCAGUACAGAAGCAUUACGCAGGCGUGUAUGAAGCAGUUCGCCGAGCAGAACGUGAAAUGGAAACAAAUGCGCCAAACGCUGAUGACCUUUGCAUCCGUAAAUUUAAUUACAUUUUUGAACCCAUUGUUUUGUUAGCAUCUAUCUUAAUAAAACACUUAGGCAAGCAAAAAGAUUGA